AUGGGAGGUCGACCUUAUCGACAAAAGAGGGAAUUCGUGUCCAUUUGUCUGAGCACGUAUGAUAAGUUUGAUAUUCAACAUAUUCAAGAUCGCCAUGUCGUUCCAUCCUUGAAUCCUGAAGCCUGUGUAGAGUCACCAGUGUCGCUUAGAGCUCAACUUACUCGAAAUACAGAAACAGUCGACAUUCCGCCCUCUGCAUCAUAUCGCGAACUUCGCAAGCUGGUUGUGGACCGGUUCCUCGGACCCACCUCAUCUUAUUUGCCAUUCAAACGGUCUUUUGAUCCAGCCAAUACGUCGCAGUUCGAGGAGCGACGGAAAUCACUUCGAUGA